GUUGCCAUGGCAACGCGGUGGCGGACAAACUUCUCAAGCCCAUUGCGGGAGUGUUUCUGUCGGUGUUUUCACUCCCCAAAUCAAAUAAACAACACUUACAAGUUAUAUUCUUUGACGUUUGAAAGGAGGCAUGUUAGCUGAGGCUCGGGGUCCUGACCGCUUAGGUUCAGGAUCACCAUGGAAGACCUCCACCGCUGGGAAAGAUAUCAAAAGGCAACAGGGUGGAAAGCACCAGCGACAAGCAUCCAGCCAAGGAGGAAGCUGCUUCUUAGGUCUGGAAAUGAAACCAGAGCUGGUCUGGGAGGACUGGGACCUACAAAGAGAGUUCACCAAGACAUUAGUGUUAAAGAAUAUUCAUAGCAAGCUGCAGAAGCUACACGUCAGGCCUCCAGUAUCCAAGUUUUUCACCACCAUGAUUCACCAGACAAUUGUUCUCAGCCCAGGGACUUCUUUCUCAGUACCAGUCACCUUUAGACCAGUCCAGAGGUGUGAGUACGAGGACAGCAUUGAGUUUCAAAGUAAAGAUGGCAGCUUCCAAGUAUACCUCCAUGCCACCAUUCCCUGCCAUGCCCUGGAGGUGCCUGACUCUGUGCUGCUGCCACUCUGUGCUGUUCAACACUCCAAACAUACCACUUUCCUGCUCAGAAAUGUCAGUAAACUCCAGACAUACUUUCAGUGGGAUUGCACAGCACCAUUCCAACUAAGCCCUGAGCAAGGCCUGUUGAAGCCUGGCCAGCAGUGUCACAUCACAGUGGUAUUCCGGCCACAAGAGGCACUGGUCUACCAGCAACAGGUCUACUGCUGGUUUGGAGAAGAAGAGGACAAGGCAGAGAGCUGCUGCACUGUGCUCCUGCAGGGGCUAGCCAAGUACCCCUGUCUGCAGCUGAGAAAUCCAUGUACCAAGGUUGAAAAAGAACAGUGUGAUCCAUUGCUGCACUUUGGCUCUGUGGCUGUCGGCCAAAGCUUGCAGAAACACUUUGACAUCUUCAACCCCUGUCCUGUGACUGCAUCUUUCUCUGUUUCACGGCUGUCCAAUGGGGUGCCUCUGUUGGGGUCAGAGUUCAGCUGUGAUGUGACUAGGGGUAAGGUGGCACCUGGUGGAUCAUUACGGGCUACAGUCACCUAUACUCCUGCUGUGGUGGAUACUGUCUCUGUUGAUUACCUAUCUCUAAAAUGUAGAGGGGCGCUCAAUAACAUACUGCUUAAACUCACUGGAAACUGUGAAGGUCCCAAAGUUUCAUUCUCCACCUCUGUGGUGGACUUUGGCUGUGUUGAGGAAGGAGGAACAGUCGUACAGACUGUGAAGCUGGUUAAUUCUUCGUCAGUUGAGGCUAUCUUCCAAUGGGACCUGGACUGCAGUGGGCACAGUGUGUUCAGCAUCCAGCCAGCAAGUGGCAUUGUAUUGCCACAUAGCCAUACCACGCUAAAGGCAGUCUAUAGACCCACACAGCCUAUUGCACAUCACAGGAGAGUGGCAUGUCUCAUACUGCACAGGGACCCCAUGUUCUGUGACCUGAUUGGUACCUGUCACUCAGAGCUCCAGCAGUCAGCCAUACUGAAACCUGAACACUUGGUACUGUACAAGCUCCACUGGUACCGCAGGCAGGACCCAUUAGACACUCUCAGUGUCAUGCAGCAAGAUCAGGAUAAACAGAGACUGCUCUGCCCCCUGGAGGAGCAGUCACACCAGAGACCAGAGAAUGCUGCUCCUUCUCCCAUGGAGGAAUAUUACCAAUCCUGCUUGGGGCGCAUGGAUCCCCUCUCCUCCACUUUAUCAUCAACACAUGUAUCCGUGGUGCCCAGUGAGCUACUGUUUAAUCACAAAAUGUCCUCUUUGUCUACUUCAUCCACUUCCAGUCAGUCUGUCUCCAUCACCAAUCACACUAGGGGGAAACUCAGCUUGGUGUGGACUGCUGCCCAAGACUCUCCAUUCUCUAUAUCUCCCUCAUUGUGUGACUUGGCUCCAUUGAAGUCCACCUCAUUCAGAGUGACCUAUGACCCUGCGCAGCUCAAUACUCUGCACGCAGCACAACUUGAGUGCUUUGCAUACUAUAAGAAUCAGCAUACAGAGGAGCCACUGCUGUGUCCACCCUGGUGUGUGACUGUCAGAGUUGUAGGCCACUCCUUUCAGCCAGGCAAAGAGCAUUUCAUCCCAUGCUGCUCCCUGAAGCCCCAACGAGUGGUGUUUCCAGCCCUUAGUGUUCUUUCCUAUCGGACAGUGCUCCUCCAAAAUUGUGGAGACUUGCCACUCACUUUCUGUCUGGACCACAGCUCAGACCCUGCCUUGGCAGAAUCUGUGUCUGUAAUUCCGAGCUGUGGUUUGAUUCAGCCUGGGAAUCACCAAAUCCUCACCCUCAGAACAACUCCCACAGAAGACAGUCCCAAACAGGGGUACAGUGUACGCCUUCAGCUCAAUUCAGCCAAACACACAAAGGAACUGGCAGUCGUCAGUGUGGUGGAAAAGCUGUGUGUGUCUCUGGAAGGAGAUGGCAGUUUAUAUUUCCACCCAACAGCAGUGGGCUCAGGGACGCAGCGCACCCACCUCAUCAGGAACCUUAGUUGCCUACCUCUGCGAUUCCAGUGGAGCAUUCCAGAGUCAGACCAGGAGCUUAUCUCUGUUGAACCAGAUGCCGGUGAACUGCAUCCUAAUGAGAGCUCGGCCCAGAUAUGGUCCUUCAGCCCACUGGCACAACAAACAUACACACUCAAACCUAGUCUCACCUUCUGGCCGAUCCAGACACCUGGGUGUAACAAGUCAAAGCUUUCCCUUAAAGUAAUAGGAAUGGGCUCUAAAGGCUUCAUAAAGGCAGAAAAGGCGUUUCUGGAUGUUGGGGAGAUUCUGGUGGGAAGCUAUCGGUUAAUUGAGGUUCCUCUUGUGAACAGCAGUCCCUGUCCUGUCCCCUUUUGUCUCUCUGUGCAGCAGAUACUUCUGGAUGAGGAACCUAUUCAUGAUCCCAGAACUGCACCAACCCUAAAGCUGGAUUGUGAGAGGGGAACAAUCGCUUCACACUCCACAAUGCUGCUUCGAUCCACCAUCAGACCACAGAGACAAGCCCAGUACCUGUGGACUAUCAGCUACCAGACAUUGAAUGCCAGUGGUUUUGUGUCAUCCCCUCCCCAAGCACUGUGUGAGGUACGAGCUAACGGCGUGUUUCCCACCCUAAAGGUGAUCGAUGUCUUCGGCAGUGGCAGUGUCGACAAACUUAGCAAGGUGCAUCUGUGGAAACUCUUCUCAUUGGACAGCCUCAACAAGCACCUGCUCUCCAACCCCUCCCCUGUAGAACUCACUUAUACAACCCCCACCAGACACAGUCUGCGCUCGUGUCCUUCCAUCUUCACCAAAACCAUGCUGGAUCUCAACUUUAGUGCUGCUCCACUGACUUCAGACCACUCAACUUUUGUGUUGAUGUUUCACAACCCAGGCCCCAUCCCUGUAGACUGGUCAUUCCUGUUUCCAGAGGACCAACUGAUAGAGUUAGAGUACUGGGCAGAGACAGGAGAGUUCAGCAGCACGGAGCUGUACCAGAUGAAGGUUCAGGACAACCAUGUGUUCAGCGUUUCUCCCCGUUCUGGAACUUUGCUCCCUGGCCAGCAGAGGGCAGUACACUUCAGCUACAGCCAUGACUUUGCUGGGACAGAUCGGUUUCCUGUCGUAUUCAAACUUUCUUAUGGCAGAGAGAUCAUGCUGAACUUUCAAGGGGUGACGGUGGAAAGAGACAGAUCAUAUCUUCACUUUGCCUCCAAACAACAUGUCUUUACUCCUGUAACUAUUGGGGACUGUACUCCUCCAAGGCAGGUGUAUGAACUGCACAAUGGUGGUGCAUUGCCGGUCCGUUAUGAGGUAGACUCGGCUGUGUUGUCACAGCUACAGGUGGACAACUUUAACCAUCCACUGCUGUGCUGCCUCAAUCCAGAAGGAGAGGUCCUACCUGGGGAGACGGCCAGAGUGGAAUGGAUCUUCUCUCCAUUGGAGGCUAAAAUGUACCACAUGGAUAUUCCUAUCCACGUCCAGGAUGGGGACUCCACGCUGGUGAGGUUUGAAGGACGUGGGCUUUAUUCUCCCACAGUGGGUUCUAAAAAUCCAUUUACCUCUAGGGAUACUCGAGAGACACCUGAGCCCUGUGUCCAGAGGCUGCCCUUUCCAGGACAGUUGGUAUUCCUGUCUGAAGACAAUGUCUCGCUAGGCAACAUCCCUGUGUGCUCAAGAUUUUCAAGAAUCCUCUUCCUGACUAAUGUGUCUCACACAGACACUGUCCACUAUUCUUGGGACUUGCUCAAGCAGAGCAAUCAGCAGGUGUUGCAGAUCUAUCCAGAGCAAGGUAGUCUGUGUCCAGGGGAAAGUGCCCUUUGUGUCCUUACCUUCACUUCUACCGACUACCCCACUUGUUAUCAGCUAGAUGUCAUAUGCCAGGCUAUUCAGGAAGCCACACUGACUCGGUAUCGUGAUGCUUUGCAGCGUUGGGAGGAAGAGAAAGAGAGACAGCAAAAUGAAUUCACUAUUACAGACAAAACCCUUCCAGAAAACCAAGGAGUUAUGACAGAUAAGGAACUUGUAGCAUCUCCAGUAAGAAAAGGGCCACCACUCAGGAAAUACAAGACUCUUCCUCCUAUUUGUGCCAGUGGUAGCUGUGAAACAGUGGGUACCAUUUGUACCAAGAUAACAAGAGCUGAGCGGAAGGCACAGCGAGAAACAGCAAAAGCAUGGAAGUGCCCUGAACCCCCCCAUCCUGCUCUGCUGCAUCUGGGAGUUACAGCACACUCCCAUGAGCUUCUGGAGUGCUACACACACUUCCCCAACCAGUUCAAUGAGCACUAUAGUAUCCAGUCAGUCAAGCCCCAACAACCUGAAACCGCAUCUUCACGCACAUCCCUCCCUGCUGGGCAGCCUUCACCAACACAUGGCCCUGUGAGAGACAUCACCACACACGUACUCACCUCUUUGCUCAGGGGCAUACUUGAUGAUCCAGCCUUUUCCCAGACUCUGAUUACUUCGCCAUCCAAGCCCAUCACCUACCAGCAACAAGAAACUUCUUCUCACCCUGCAGUCCAACCUCAGUUUCAGUUCAGCGGGACAGUCGCUGGGCAGAGGGAACAGCACAGCGCAGUGGACAGUGAGAGCACUGCAGGAUGUUCAGAAACCAAAUCCCACACACAGAAUACACUGCAUGCGGAACAUGUGUCUGCUGACAUAUGUGAGGAUGUUUUGCUGAACACCCUCCAGAACCUGAUGAUGGAAGCUGUCAGAGGAGAGCUUGUACUUACAGCGCACCCACGCAGUGUUAUCUUGCCACCUGUUUCUACCAGAACCAGGAGGACGUCCAAAGCCAUGGCUGAGGAGAGAGAGAGGAACAGAAAAGAACCAGCAGGAAUUUGAGUCCCACCAUCAAUCCAACAUCCCAGAGGUCUGCUUCCCUCUGCGAUCUUCAUUAAAAUCCAACUUUUUGUCCAUCGGCCUUCUUUUUUUCCAUCUUCACUCUCCUGUAUCCCAGUCAGUGCCAUCCAUUGUUUGUCCUGCUCCUCCCUAACUAUUGUUGGCUGCUUCUAUAGGACUUGCAAACGAUUUCUUCAUUGUUAAAACAAUUUGCAGUGUAAAUUAAGCUGGACCCAUGAGUUGAUAUAUUUAUACAACAACUGACUCAAA